UAUUUUGCGCACGCGCGGAAGCACAGGCCGCCGGAAGUUACGGGGCCCUCACCCAAGCGGAGGGUUUAGCACGCGCGCGCCGUAGGCUCUUCCGUCAGCUGUGUUGUGGAAAUGGUGGAGAAGAAAACUUCUGUUCGCUCCCAGGACCCUGGACAGCGGCGGGUACUGGACAGGGCUGCCCGGCAGCGCCGCAUCAACAGGCAGCUUGAGGCCUUGGAGAAUGACAACUUCCAGGAUGAUCCCCACGCAGGACUCCCCCAGCUUGGCAAAAGACUGCCUCAGUUUGAUGAUGAUGCAGACACUGGAAAGAAAAAGAAGAAAACUCGAGGUGAUCAUUUUAAACUUCGCUUCCGAAAAAAUUUCCAGGCCUUGCUGGAGGAGCAGAACCUGAAUGUGGCCGAGGGCCCCAACUACCUGACAGCUUGUGCAGGACCCCCAUCCCGGCCCCAGCGCCCCUUCUGUGCUGUAUGCGGCUUCCCCUCUCCGUAUACCUGCGUCAGCUGUGGCGCCCGGUACUGCACCGUGCGCUGUCUGGGCACUCACCAGGAGACCAGGUGCUUGAAGUGGACCGUGUGACCCUGGGUGUCCCUGGAGAGGAAGACCCUCCAUGCAUCAUUCCGCUGGCCUUGGAGAGGACAUCAAAAGGAAAGGUGCUCCCCUGGACCAAGAGAAGAACUGUUCACCCACCCAAUAAACCUCACAUCUCAUCUCCCAGGGAAGACUAGUCUCACCCCUGGGGAUGUGGAGGAAAGUGGGCCAGCCCUCAGGGUACCAUCUACUGAAAGGUCUUGUGUGAGGAGGCACCUGCCUUUUGGUCACAGGGUGUUUUGGGGGUGAAGGUGAUUGGUCGUGUCUUUCUCCUACUCACUGCUCUGUGUCUUUUUCUCCCUUUUUUGUCAAUCACCCCUCCCACUGUCUGCCCCUCUAGGUCCCUGACUGCAAGAUUUUGUCCCAUUGUCCUACCAUUCCCAUGUCUCUGUCUUCCUUGACUGCUUCUCUGUGUCACUUUUUUGGUUAUUGAUUUGGUUCACUUGUUUUUGCUUUUAGUUUCUCGAGUUCCUCUGCAUGUCUUUUGAAUACUGUGAGGCCCCAGGAAUGGCCAGCC